UUUUUCCUUCAUUCUUUAUAUAGGUAUGUAGAUGUUAGUUUCUUAUUUCUCCUAUGAAUUAUAAGUGAAAAACGAUGUGCACAUGCAAAAUAUGCAUCAAGCAUAACUCUAACGAGUGAAAAAUUAUUACAUUACUUCGACCAGGAGAGUUGACAUCCAGAAAAUCUUUCGAGUGAUUGGAAAAAGUAAGACAAACUUUCUAAAACCAAAGAAAUCAUGUAUUAACAUGUUAACAACUUUUUUAAAAGGAAAACUAAAAUUUGGUAUAACUUUAAUAUAAAAAUUAUUUUAAAAGGAAACAAAUCUUUAAUAAUAAAUUAAGAAUUAAGACUAUAAUUUUGAAACGCAUUUCUGGUCUAUCGUAACAUUAUACUGAUAACAUUUUAGGAGAAUGGAGGAGAGAGGAAGAACUCCACCUAUAAAUUUUAACUUCGGAUAUAUAUUCCUUUCCUAGAUAUAAUGGAAAAUGUUCAGUAUAACACAUUGAACGAUGCUUAUACAGACAUGAACAGUGAUAUUAGCCCCACUAUCUAUAGAGUGUCUGAAGAAAAAUUACUAUUCACUAGAAAUUAAUAAAUAUACGUAUGUAGCUAAAAUUUUAUGUUAAGAGUCAAUCUUCCCUCUUCUCCUUCAAAUUUCAAUUUGAUCGGCCAUUAGUGCUAUUCAGAGAUACUGAAUCCAGCAAGUUAAAAGUGUUCAGGGACAAUUCAGAAUUUUCCGCUCAGGAUGCUCGCGUUAAUACCUAUAGAACAACAGUUGUUAUUAUUGGCCAAAUCGUGCGACAAUGUAAUUCGAUAUCGAAAUGAUACGGAGAUUCCGAGGACUCCCGAAGCCCUAGACCAUUGGUGUCUACUUAACUUACUCCCCUCACGCUAGUAACUUGAAAACAGUGUAGGGACAAGCCUAGCAGAAGAAACUAGCUACUAUGAUGACUUGUUUCUAACUAACUAUUUACAAAGAGAAUAUUACGAAUGUUAACAAAAGAACUUAAAAAUGUGAAGUUAAACAUUAAUUAAUAAAAAAUAGAAAUUUAUUGAAUCUAAAAAUAGAAACCGACAUUAUCGACACAUUGGCUACAACCCUCACUCUGAUGCCGUCAGGGGGUGAGGGUACGUAGCCCCCACUACUUCUAUUUGAGGAGUUGCCCGAAACUGUGCAUGGAGUAGUUCUAUGUAGUCUUCAAUACGCAAGUAAAAAGUAGAUACGUGGAGCAAAUUUUUGUGAGGGGAGUAACAGUUUAGUCAUCCAUAUCUUAUGUCUUAAGUCUGUGCUACGAACCACAUUCUCGACAUAUUAUGUUUAUUCAGUUAAGACAUUGUUUUUGUUAUAUUGUAUCGACGAAUUAUGAAUUAAAAUUUUGUCUACAUUUUUUAGUGUGUAUUUCAUUUAUCUGAUAUGAGUUAUGAUUAGUGACGUUUAUCUGCUCAAAAAGUAAUCACGUUAACACAUUUAAUGAUAUUACAUUAGAAACUUUUAUCUGUAAAAUGACACUAAAUAAUUCCAAACACUACUUUGUAUGUAGUAAUUUAUUGAUUAUUUUGGUGUCCCAAAGUAUGGUAAUUUGUGAGAGAUUUGAUGCUCAUAUUUCAUUAACAACAAAAGGAGAGGGAUUUCAUAGAUUUUUAAUCUAUGAAAUAAAUUUGGAUGUGUUGAUCAAUGACAGUUAUAUUGCACUAUAUUUGCAAUUACCAUCUACUUUGUACAGUAGUGUUGAUGAAUUAAAUGAUUUAAGAAGAUUAGGAAUUAAUACCAUUUGUUCUGCAGGAGAAACUAAUGUUGAGCUAUUUAUGGAAAGAGCACAAUUUCAAAAUAUAACUAUUUGCUCAGCUUUGAGUAACAAGAAGUUUCUCUUUAAAUUUCCUGUUCAUCUGCGAUAUCAAUAUGCUAAUGACAUUAAUACAUACAUGAAUAUUAUUAUACCAAAACCAAAAUUACUGUUGGGUUGUAAAAAAAGAAUUAAAGAAUACAGAGUUUCUACAAUUGAUUUAUGUUCUCCUUGUGUAGAAAUUAUUAAUAAAUGGAGAGAGAUUCCUUAUAUCAUGGAUACCCAAAAUGUUAUAUGGAUAAUACCAAUUGGUAAUUCAUCUCUAUUAACUGCAGUAACCUGUGUUACAUUAUUAUCAACAAUUUUGUGCACAAUGUUUCUUUUACAAACAAUUUGUAAAUCAGUACUUAUUACACAUAAGAAAAAAGUGUAAUAUAUUUAAAAUACAAUUAAUGUCGUAAUUAGUGACACACUGUGAAAGUUUAUUUAUCACAAUCUAUUGAAGACAAGUAGUUCAUAUGACUAGCUUGUUUAUAUAAUAAGAAUUCACUGAUUCUCCUAAUUAUUUAUUAUAUACUUUUAUAACUAAAAUUCACAUUCAGACAAGUGGUUUCAAUUAUACAUUUAGAUUCUCUUAUUAAUGUUUUAAAUUGUAUUUUAUUACUAAAAUAAAAUUGUAAAAAUAAUGAUUUUAUAAUAUUUGGUGGUCUGAUUUUUUAUUUCAUAAUAAAAAUAUUUGUAUUUAUUUUAUUUACCGUUACGAAUCAGUUUUAUAGCCAAGAAAUCAAACUUGGUGUAUAUAUAUGUUGCUAAACAAAAUUUUAAGUACACUAUUCCUUUAAAACUAUUUUGAUCAAUAACUAAUUACUGUAAAUAAAAAUUCACAGACAUUAGUUAUGUAAUAUAAUUUUAAUUUGUAUAGUUUUUAAUUACAAUUGAAUUAUUUUUACAUUAUUAGAAGUAAAUAUUAAAUGUACAAAUACAUGUUACAUUCAAGUUUGAAGGGACAAAAUUGUGAGCGUGUUCACAAAAUUUAUAUGGUUCUUGUGUGAUGAAAUUUCUAAUGUAAUGUCAUAUUGGAUUGUGUUUUGUUUUUUAUAACUUCUUGUAAUCUAUUUUCAUAGAAAACACUAUUUUUUGGUGAUAUUUGGCACUAUUUUGCCCCAUUGUUCUUUAAACAUAUCAUCGAGUUGAUUUUUACUUGUUAUUUCAUGCACUCUUACGUUUUUAUGCAAUUUGUAUCAUACGUGUUUAUUGGAUUAAGGUUUAGUGAUUGUAGAGGAAGUGGUAAGAUAUAUACCAAAUUUUAUACGAUCCAUAAACAGACUACUUCUGCUGAAAAUAAAUCUUCUAAUCCAAAUUUAAUUUUACAGGUGAUUUUUCAACAUUUUUUUUUAAAUAUUUGAAUAAUUUAUUUCGUUUAUUAUAUUUUCAAUGAAUUCUAAUUCUCCAACACUAUUUGCUGCCAUACAGCUCCAGACCAUAACUCCACCACCCCCAUAUUUUAUUGUGUUUUGCAAAUUCUUUGAUCCAAUUUCUGUAUUUUUGUCCUUCACGAUCAAAUUCUACCAUCCGUUUUGUAUGUAUUAAAGAAUAUAGUCAAAUAAGCAUGGUACAGGUGUCCUCAAAUCAAAUUGUGUACAACUCACUAAAUUAAGUAAAAAAAACCAGUGAACAUGAGUUCUGUUGCGUUACGCCGUUCGCGGUUAGGGAAAUUUUAGGGAAUUUUACGUGGGUAAGGUGCCCGUGGAGUACUAAGGUACUCUGCUCGUAGCGCGUGAAAUAAAUCUUAUACUUUUUGUUCCGGCACGGUUUCUUUGGUUAAGAUACAUGUCAUAAAAAAGCGGCAGCUCAACCACCU